GUGCUAUGUUACCUCGAGUCUUGAUGACAAUAGGCAACGUCAUGCUUUGAAGACUGGCUUUAUGUAUCACUAGCUAAAAAAAAAAGCAUUUACCGCACGUGGUGGCUAUGCUAUCAAUUUCUCGGAAUAGCUUUAGAGUAUUUUUAGCAAGAUAGCUAAGGUUAGAAGCUAAUCACGCAACGGGGGACGUAGUGCUAAUUGUCGUAAACCGCAUUAGGGACAUUAUCUAAUGUUAGUUAGUCAAGGUGCCAUCAGGUCGCAAACUUCAACAGUGCGUGACAUCAGUGUUAUACCCCGGCUUUCUUGACUAGCGUUAAAUACAGUAACGUUAGCAGGUACGUCUGCGGGGACGCUAGACUGUAGCUAGCUUGCAUUGUGAGUCAGAAAUCAGUUGGGAUAAUUAUGCAACUUAGGAAGUGUAAGUGACAGCAAUGGGCGAGGAUCGCUGCCAAUUAGUUUAGCUGCUCCUUUGUCAGUGAAGUCAUGCAUGACGUGAGUCGUGUAUUGAUCAAGACGGUGUUACCCACUUUAUAGUGGCGAGAAGGCUAACCUACCAUCAGUGAGACAUUUGGGCUUGUUCACCGGCAACAUGCCUGGAAUGGUGGUGUUUGGUCGGCGGUGGGGGAUAGCCAGCGAUGAUCUUGUUUUCCCCGGAUCCUUUGAGCUGUUCAUCCGUGUGGUUUGGUGGAUCGGCACCAUGAUCCUGUUCACGUACCACAAGGGUCAUUUUGAUUGUAAUGGGAGAGGAGUUCUUCACAGCUACCUGGUGGGUCUGCUGGUCGUGCUGGCGCUCAUCAUCCUGUCACUGUGUGCUAUUGUCUACGUCAGUGCACAAGGUACCAUUACUAACCCUGGCCCGCGGCGCUCUAUGCCUGCACUGGUGUACCUGCGCGCUCUGCUGUACAUCCCUGAGCUGGUCUGGGCCUGUCUGGGAGCUGUCUGGGUGUCUGAUGACAGCAAAGGCUGUGAUCCCGCCACAGUGGGCGCUGUCAUUGCAGCAGUGAUUGCUAGCUGGAUCAUCCUGGUGUUCACGGUGAUAGGUGUAAUAUUUGUCUUUGAUCCGCUGGGAGACCCCCGUCCUCAGCCUGCUACCAUGGAGCCACUUGGAGUGCGAGACCUGCAAAGCAGCGAGGGAACCCAGUUCCUAUCCACUGCUCGCUCCCUGGCCGUUAAAGUCUGGGAGAGCAGGCUGCGACUCCUGUGCUGCUGUCUGCCGCAGGAUGAAAGCCACCGGGCAGCAUUCUCCAGCAUCGCACAGCUCUUUAGCAGCUUCUUCUCUGACACAGACCUGGUUCCCAGUGACAUAGCAGCCGGUUUGGCUCUGCUGCACCAGGAACAGGACAAGAUGGAGAAAAGCAGAGAUCCAGAAGUUAUCAUCACUCACAGCCCUUCCUCUCCAAUCGGAGAAGAUUUGGAGGCAGAGUUGGAGAAAGCUGCCCACUGUAUGCAGUUUGCUGCAGCAGCUUACGGCUGGCCGCUGUACAUUUACUCCAACCCCUGUACUGGACUCUGCAAACUCAGUGGAGACUGCUGUAGGAGUCGUGCAGCUGAGUAUGAGAUCGUCGGAGGAGACCACCUCGGCUGCCAUUUCUCCUCCAUCCUCCAGAGCACCGGUUUGCAGUACAGAGACUUCAUCUUCGUCAGCUUCCACAACCAGAUCUAUGAGAUCCCCUUCUUUGUGGCUCUGGAUCACAAGAGGGAGGCUGUUCUGGUGGCUGUCAGGGGAACACUUUCACUGAAGGACGCCCUGACAGACCUGUCAGCUGAAUGUGAGAACCUGCCCAUAGAUGGAGUGUCUGGAGCCUGCUACGCUCACAAGGGCAUCUGUCAGGCAGCGACUUACAUCUACAAGAAGCUGGUCAAUGAUGGCAUCCUUAACCAGGCGUUCUCCAUCGCACCGGAGUAUAAGCUGGUCAUCACUGGUCACAGUCUGGGCGCUGGCGCAGCUUCAGUGCUGGCUAUCCUCUUACGCAGUUCCUUCCCCACCCUGCAGUGCUAUGCUUUCUCUCCACCAGGGGGACUCCUGAGUAAAGCUUUAGCUGAUUACUCCAAGGACUUUGUGAUCUCAGUGGUGCUGGGAAAGGAUCUGGUUCCCAGACUGAGCAUUCCCAACAUGGAGGAUCUCAAGAGGAGGAUACUUAAAAUAGUUUCUAACUGCAAUAAGCCCAAAUACCGCAUCCUGCUGCAGGGAUGUUGGUACGAGCUGUUUGGAGGAGACCCAGAUGAUUUCCCCACCGAGAUGGACAACAGGAGGGAGGAGGAGCUUAGCCAGCCGCUGCUGGGGGAGGAGUCACUGAUGAUUCGCCACUCAUCAUCCUAUCAGAGCCUGGCCUCAGAUGACUCACCAGCCCACACAGCUGCAAACUUACCGCUCUUCCUGCCUGGACGCAUUCUGCAUAUCACAGAAGACGGGCCUUCACGGAGAUCCUGUUUCUCUCAGGUCCGUUACCGUGCAGACUGGUCCAACGAAAUGGCGUUCAGGAGUAUUUUGAUCAGCCCCAGGAUGCUGGCCGAUCACUUGCCCGACGCUGUGCUCCGAGCGCUCAACAGUCUCACCAGCGACAGGCCCUUUUCCCUCUGCCCUUCGUCUUUGAACAACAGCCAGCACAAUACUAUCUGAAAUGUACUAUAAAGACUGACUCCUUACGUCUGUGCUCCCAGACUCCGCAGUAUCUUAAACCAACUUUUGUUCUUGUCUCUACAUCUGAUCCAGGACAGCUUCAAGUACUUCACUUGAUCUGUCAUCCCAACCUUUCCUCACAUAAAUAUAUACCUUUCUCAAACAUUUGCAUUGAUUGUAAUGGUAAUGGCAGACAUCAAACCGUAGAGAUUUGCCUGAUGUGGUCUCUAUGGAUGAAUGUGAUUUGUAAAGAGAAACACUUUGGAGCUCAUUCGUUCAAUUGCACUUUUAAUUAUUUAAUUCAAAUAAUUUGAUUUGUUUCGGCUUCAUGAGUUACUCCAUGAGCAACCUUAUGCCAUGAUCUUUGAAUGUGCGUUGUGUACAAUAUUUUGACAGUGCUCCAGUUUUGUUAUAAUGUCAGUGUUCUACAGUUUAUGUUGGUGUGAUUGGUGUGUGGCUGGUAGAGGCUGCCCUCGUGGUCACCGCAGCUCUCCACUCUUGUCUUCCUUGUGUUUGAGGGCGACUGAGGAGCAGUCUGACUACGACGUGAACAUACAGCUUUGGAAUUAUUUAUUCGACCACUGUGAACACUUGUUUGCUGCCUCUUCCUUUGCAUUCUUGGUGAAGAAGUACUGCGUUCUCUUCUUUACGUUUUGCUGAUUCCAAGCCUGUGUCGGUGUUUGUUCAACACUAAGAAGGUUCUCAUUAUCUCACAAUUUUCUUUAUUAAGGCAUUGUUGAAUGGUAAUUUAGUUUGGAUUGUCUCUCGACUUCACAUAUACAGCGUAUGAACAAAAUAAUCCAAAAAAGUUUUGGGCUAUGUACCCUGAAUUUUGACAUUUUUAUUUUCAAUACAGCAUUUAUUGCAUGUAUUGAAUCCUUGUAAAAACUUUUUUCAUGUGUUUUUUAAAAGAUGCUGUUGUUAUUUAACCACUAUGAUAAAAUUAAAACAAAAUGAUCAGUGUUGGGGGCCUUUUAUGAAGAGAAAGAAAACAACAGGUGGUUUAAUAAUUGUUUCUAAAGCUGUAUAAGGGUAACCUGUACCUCAAACCGUGGUCUGAAUUUACAUAUUCAUUGUAUCGUAACUGUGGUUAGCCUGUCUUGUGUUUAAUGUCUUGAGACAUCAGGGUGAACUGUGCCUAUGCAUUACAGAAAAACAAGCAGACAAAAAGUACUUUUACAGAAGAGGCAGUGAUGAGUGCAGUGUGUUUACAGUAAGUUCUGCAGCGUGAACAGUGCAUGGUGUUUGCCAUAAACAUGAUAGAUGUGGGAGGUAGAGAGAUUGUACAUUUUUUUGUGGGAACCUGUUUACUUGCCAUGAAUAUUACAUUGUUUUUCAGGUGAUCUAUAAUAUCAAGGUUUGAAUCAGCUUAUGCCUGCAUAACUAUUUCACAUCCUGAUACAGUGCAUUGGACUCCUUGAUGCAAAUAAAAGCGUUUGUGAAGCACA